GUUGGAGUUGUGGGGGUGAACAAAAGGCUUUGAGGCUGCUUACGAGGGACUAAUAAUAGGCUUCGAUCGGCCUUGAAGGAUUUAGCUAAUAAUAGGGUUCUGGCGAUUCAUUUCCCGAAGGUGAGGAUUAGGCUUUGAUGAGCUGUUCCCGCAUGCAUGAAGCUGCUUUCCGGCCAUAUAUAAACAUCGUCCUCCCCCUUCCCUUCUGCAUAACAACAAACCAAACAACUCUCAAUUCCUCACCUCAAGAUCCCUCAACAGUCGAAUUCUUUAACAAAACGUCAAUCAAGAUGAAGACCACCAUGAUCACCUCCAUCAUCGCCGCGGCCCUCGCUGCUCCCCUCGCCAGCGCCUGGACAAUCAACGCCUGCGGCCACACCUUCUCAGGUCAAGGUUCUAGCACCUGCACCACAGUCUCCUGCGACCAGGGCGAGAACGUCGACUUCAACGACGGUAACCCGGAAGGACCCAUCGAAUUCAACCUCUACGCCGAUGCUCAGUGCGUGGACGAGAUCACCCACUUUGCGUCCGACAAGUUCGGCUACACGCUUCCUGAGAACCUGCGCUCUUUCUUGGUUCUUACUUAGAUGGACGAACUAUUCUUUCUGAGAGGAUGCAGUUAUUAUUUUACCGUCUUGUCCUAUGUGCCAGCGGAGCGAACCUAUGAUUUAUGUAUUUUGUCUAUUGUACAGCUUGCCAAUUAUGGCUGUUAAUUGUCUAAUUUGUAUGUGGCGAGAAAAGGAAAUACGAAAUGUAAUCAAUAUUCUCUAAGUUGAAUGGCCUAGAACGACCCAAUAGUACCUGCAGCCUUGCUUAAUUAUUAGGCUAAUCCCACGUGUAAUCCGUUCGACCGCUG